AUGGCUGAUGCUAUGAAGCAGAAGCUCCAACAAUCAUUGCAGGAAAGCAGUGUUCUUGACACCACAAAAACUGAAAUUGGUGCUGCAAUGGAGGAAAGCAGUGUCCUUGACACUCCCAAAAGUGAAAUUGGUGCUGAAAUGGAGCAAUUGGCACGUGCUGAAUUUGCUCUCGUGAUAGUGUUUCCAGAAGCGCAGGAUAUUCAAAACAUUUACUUAAAUUGGCAACACAGGGAAGAAAUAGCUUCAGAGUUGGUUUAUGAUACCAUACAAGAAUCUGGUGCUACUUUUUUGUCUCGGUCUGCACUAAUGUUUGCCAACGACUCCUUUCUGGCUCCUCCAAUGAGUCCCAAACAUCCUGAUCUCUGGAGUCAGCAACGGUGGAAGAGUACUUUAUGCAAAGCAGAGCUGAAACAGCGCUGUGCACGUUGCAAAGAGAUGGGGCAUUCUCAUAAACAUUGUCCUUAUCCCAUCAUUUACGUGACGGUACCAGAUUUAGGCGGGGGUCCAGAUCAGUUGAAGCCAGUGGUCUGGACACCUGUGGAAGGAAAAUAUCGAUGCAGUCGCUGUGGUCGACGUGGUCACAACCGCCGCACUUGUCAUGGACCUGUUUUCUAUUAA